AUCCCUACUUGAUUUUUGCUUUUGAAAAUGGGAAAGGAAGGAAGAAACAAAAAUGAUGAAAACCUAGCCGCCUCACGCUUAUCCUCCGUCUUCCCGCCUGAUCCUCUUCUUCUUAAUAGUUCAGUCGCUCCGCCGUGCUCUCCGUCGCCCUCGGUGCCGCUUCCGUCCCUCCUUUACUCUCGCCUAUCCUACUGCGCUGUUCUGCAUCAUUUCGUUUUCGAUCUUCUACUCUAUUGGUUUUAGCUGAUCGAUCAUAUUAUACAAAUGCCUAAGAAGAAGUCUUCUAAAGCGCCUAAAGAGGUGAAAGAGAAGGUCAUCACAAAGGAGGAAAAAUCCAAUGCUGUGGUAAAAAAUGAAAAGCCCAAUUCUUCCAUAAAGGAGGAAAAGCCCCCUUCAGUAAAGAAACGCAGUGAAAUCGAUGAAAUUUUCGCUGGGAAGAAGAGAAAAAAACCGGAAGUUCAAGAGGCUAAGAAACCAAAACUAGAUGCAUUGGACAGACCGAUGAAGCUGAAGAACAAGAAAAGGGAUGAGACUCAGCCUAGAAAUGACUUUGUAGACCCACCAUCACAGGGUAGAAAGAAAACAGGGGAUGGACUAAAGAUUUACACAGAAGAGGAAUUGGGUAUUGGCAGUGCAGACGCAGGAGGCACCCCGCUUUGCCCAUUUGACUGUUCUUGUUGCUUCUAAACGUCUGUGUUCAAAUCCUUUUUUUCUUCUUCCUUCUUUUGAAGAUGUUGCUUAUCUGGUAAACUUCUGUAACAUCUUCAAAUUCUAUAAUUUAGAUUUUGCAAUUUUGAAGAUGGCUGAAGCAGUUUAUUUCUUUCCAUGUGGCUGGUGGUGGGUCUUAUCUGCUAUAGCAUCAGUUUUGUAGGAUAUGCCUUAAGAUCAUAAAUUAUGAAUUGCAUAUAGAAAAUAUGUUAUCUUGGGCGGUGGUGCAACAGUCCAUUGCUAGCAAAACUCUUCAAAGGCUUCCACACAAGGUCUCUCCUACUGGAUGUGGUCUGCCCAAAAUUCUUUAGCUCAUUAGGUAUGUCAUAUGGGAAAGAGAGGUUUCUACACCAGUUUCAUUCUACUCCAAUCUAUGUGGGAUGGCUGAUUCUUUUUAUUUGUAUACUCAUACAUGUUAUUACAAUAGAUUCAUAUGUUUACAAAUGCAUGUUACUAACUUAUUAUGAAUUGCUUGUCAAGGCAUUUACAAUUGUAUAGAUUGCUUGGACCUUGUGGUGUUAUCAAAGCUGUGAAGACUAAGAUUCAAAUACUGGGGAGAUAGCUUGAAA